AUGCCAACAGACGGCGUGACUGUGGCUGGUGUCGUGACCAGCUGGAGGUCAGAGCGAGCGGCCUGUGAGACGUCCGAGUCCCCGCCCCCUCAAGGUCACGCCCACCAAGCCCGUCCUCCAGGCCACGCCCACCAAGCCCGUCCUCUAGGCCCCGCCCACCAAGCCCGUCCUCUAGGCCCCGCCCACCAAGCCCGUCCUCCAGGCCAUGUCCUCCGAGGCCGUCCUCCAGGCCACGCCCACCAAGUUCGUCCUCCAACCACGCCCACCAAGCCCGUCCUCCAGGCCACGCCCUCCAAGCCCGUCCUCCAUGCCACGCCCACCAAGCCCGUCUUCCAGGCCACGCCCACCAAGCCCGUCCUCCAGGCCACGCCCGCCAAGCUCGUCCUCCAGGCCACGCCCACCAAGCCCGUCCUCCAACCACGCCCACCAAGCCCGUCCUCCAGGCAGUAG